GCCACCCCCUCCGACCUCACCCAACAAAACUACAGCAUCUGCUCAUCAUCAACAGAAACAACCACCCAACUCCCCACAAAAAACCAUCCAGCGCUAUGAAGCCCUUCCGCCCGUCGAUCCUGAGCUGGCUGCGUUAGUCUGCAGACAGGUGAUUCUUCCUCUUUUCGAGAAGAAGAACGGGGAGCCGCUCGACAUUGCGAAGCACGGCGUGCCGAAUCCUAACGGGGUGUUGCACGAAGUGAAAUUGUCCGAGAAGUUGUUGAAGGAAGUGAUUCUCUCCCGGGACGAGCUCCGGGACCUGGAACGGUACCACGCGGACCUAAAAAGGGAAACGCACUGGCUGGAAUCACGGACGAAAGAGCGGCUGUUACACGAGUAUAGAGAACUAAAACGAAAAGAGGAGACGAAAGUACAAGAUUUGAACAGGAAAGAGCUACAGGAACGCUGGGAUUUGGACGCGGAGAAAAGAAAGUUGGAGAACAAGGAAACCUGUCUGAAACAAGAACUAAACUUGUUCGACGCGGAAAACGAA